AACACCUCCUAAGGACACAGAGGAGGGAACUCAUCAUAGAUGAGAGAGAGUGUGAUAGAGAGAGAAAGAAAGAGGGAGGAAGAGUUCAUAGAGUGAGGGGGUAAGAGUAUAAGCAAGAGAGGAAAAGAGUGACUUAAAGAAAGUGAGACAACAGAGUGUGCAGAGAAGAAGCACCUGGUGUUCUGUACAUAUCUGUACAGAUCAUAAUUCUCCAGAAAACACACUGCUGUAAGUUUACAGCACAAAGCAAUACUGCCCAUCUGAGCAACUAAACAGUGCCUGAGAUAAAAGGACAAAUUCGGCACAUCUGACUCGGCAGCAUGAUUAUUUUGGUGUUUCUUCUCUUCAUCUCUGUGUGUGAUGUUUCUUGGUGCCAGUAUGAUGAAUAUGAUUCCCAUUGGUGGAUUGCCUAUAUGCACAGUCAGCAGUACAGCUAUGGACCUUCCUAUGACUAUGAGCCAGUCCCAGCACCUCCAUCUGCCAGUGACUGCCCCCAGGAGUGUGAGUGCCCCCCUAACUAUCCAACAGCCAUGUACUGUGAUGGGCGUGAUCUCAAGUACAUGCCCUAUGUCCCAGCUCGAAUUAAAUAUGCAUACUUUCAGAACAACCAUAUAACUGCAAUUCCAGAUGGAGCCUUUGAUAAUGCCACUGGGUUGGUAUGGUUAGCACUGCAUGGUAACCAGAUUGUAAGUGACAAAGUAGGCAGAAAGAUAUUCUCCAAACUUCGAGGAUUGGAGAGGAUUUAUCUGCAACAUAACAAUCUGACCCGUAUACCCACUGGUCUGCCUCGUUCACUGCGUGAGAUACACCUUUCUUCUAAUCAGAUCUCGCGAGUUCCAUCAAAUGCUUUAGAAGGUCUGGAGAACCUUACUGCACUUUACCUACAUGAUAAUCAAAUUCAAGAGGUAGGGAGUGUUCUAAAAGGGUUGAAGUCCCUUGUACAUUUGGACAUUAGCAAUAAUCAACUUCGUAAGCUACCCGACUCAUUACCAGACUCUCUGCAACAGGUGUAUUUGGAAUACAAUCAACUCAAUAAUGUUCCUAAUGAGUAUUUCAAGUCCUAUCCAAAGCUUCAGUAUGUAAGGAUCUCACAUAAUCGUCUUACUAAUGAAGGGAUCCCAGGAAGUACAUUCAACACUAGCAGUCUAAUAGAGCUAGACUUGUCUUUCAACCAACUGAAUCGCAUUCCACCUGUCAACACAAAUCUGGAACAUCUAUACUUGCAGGGAAAUAAAAUUGAAGAGUUAUCAGUUAAAAGCUUUUGCACAUUUGUGGACAUCACCAACUUCUCUCAGCUUCAGGUUUUGCGCCUUGAAGGUAAUGAAAUUAAGGCUAAUGCUAUCCCACCGGACACGCCACUUUGCCUUCGUAAAGCUGACAUCAUCCAUAUGUAGAAGAAAGAAGCCAUGGAUAUGAAGAAUACUGCAGGUUGCCUGUCUACCUACAGACUGAAUUGACUCUUAACCAAUGUGUAGCUAUAAUCUUGCAUAGGCACCUUUUAUGCUUUCAGCA